ACAGAAGUCUUAUUUGUUAUAUCAAAUACAUUUAUAAAUAUUUAAUAUGGCAGCUCCUCCUCAUGGCAUGCCUAUGCCUGAUCUCUCGAACGCCAUUGUUGCUCAAGAUGAAAUGGGAAGACCAUUUAUCAUUGUCAGAGACCAAGGUAAGAAGACUAGAAAGCACGGGUUAGAGGCAACUAAAUCACAUAUAUUGGCCGCUAGAUCUGUUGCAUCUAUUAUCAAGACUUCUUUAGGUCCAAGAGGUUUAGACAAGAUCUUGAUCUCUCAAGAUGGUGAAAUUACCAUUACUAACGAUGGUGCUACCAUCUUGUCACAAAUGGAUUUAGAUAAUCAAAUCGCUAAACUUCUUGUAGAAUUAUCUAAAUCUCAAGAUGAUGAAAUUGGUGAUGGUACUACUGGUGUGGUUGUCUUGGCUUCCUCAUUACUUGAUCAAGCUUUGGAAUUAAUUGAAAAGGGUAUCCAUCCAAUUAAGAUUGCCAAUGGAUUUGAUGAAGCUUGUAAGAUUGCCUGUAAGCAAUUGGACUUGGUUGCAGAUGAAAUCGAUGUUAAAAAUGAAUCAAAUGAUACAAACUUACUUAAGGCAGCAAAGACUUCCUUAGGUUCCAAGAUUGUUUCUAAAUCUCAUAAUCAAUUUGCUCAAAUGGCAGUAGAUUCUGUGUUGGCAGUGGCAGAUUUUGAAAGAAAAGACGUAGAUUUUGAAUUAAUUAAGAUGGAAAGUAAAGUUGGUGGAGCCUUGGAAGAUUCUUCUUUGAUUAAGGGGGUUAUAUUAGAUAAGGAAUUCUCUCACACUCAAAUGCCAAAGAGUGUUGAAGAUUGUAAAAUCGCCAUUUUAACAUGUCCAUUUGAACCACCAAAGCCAAAGACCAAACAUAAGUUGGACAUUUCUUCAGUUGAAGAAUUUAAAGUGUUACAAGAAUACGAACAAAAGAAGUUUCAAGAAAUGAUUGAUCAUGUUAAGAAUUCUGGUGCUAAUGUUGUAGCAUGUCAAUGGGGGUUUGAUGAUGAAGCAAACCAUUUGUUACUUUCUAAUAAUUUACAAGCUAUUAGAUGGGUUGGCGGAUCUGAAUUGGAACUUUUGGCCAUUGCCACCAAUGGACGUAUAGUACCAAGAUUUGAAGAUUUAACACCAGAAAAAUUAGGACAUGCUGGAUCUAUUCGUGAAAUGGAAUUCGGUACCACUAGAGAUCGUAUGUUGGUUAUUGAAGACUGUUCAAAUACCAAGGCUGUUACUUGUUUCAUUAGAGGUUCCAAUCAAAUGAUUGUUGAUGAAGGUGUUAGAGCAUUACAUGAUUCUAUUUGUGUUGUCCGUAAUUUGAUUAGAGAUAACAGAGUUGUUUAUGGUGGUGGUGCUGCUGAAUUGACUUGUUCUUUAGCUGUUUCUGAAGCUGCUGACAGACAAAAGGGUAUUGAUCAAUAUGCUUUCAGAGCCUUUGCACAAGCUUUAGAUAAGAUUCCAAUGACUCUUGCUGAAAACUCUGGUUUAGAUGCUAUUGAAACUUUAUCAUCAUUGAAAUCUAAACAAGUGAAUGAGAACUCUUCUCAUUUGGGUGUUGAUUGUUUAGGUAAGGGUACCAAUGACAUGAAGGAAUUGUUUGUCAUUGAUCCAUUGAUCGGUAAGAAACAACAAUUGUUGUUGGCUACUCAAUUGACAAGAAUGAUUUUGAAAAUUAAUGAUGUUAUUAUCAGUGGUAAGGAUGAAUAUUAAGUGAGAGAAGGUGUAUGUAUUUAGU